GGCCGUUUUAUCAACGCUCUACGACACGUCGUAGACAAUUUUUUUGUCGCAGACAUGUCGUAGAACGUUUAGACCGUUUUAUUAACGUUUGUCGUAGCCUACGACGUCGUAGAAAAUGUCGCAGCUCUACGACAGGGGUAAGGCUGUCGUACGACGUUCGCAUGACGUCACAUGUAAGACAAAAUGGCGUUAAUGUACGUUUCCAACAUAUCUUUGAAAAGGAAAAAUCGCAUGUUUAAGGAGAGGGUAGGGCUGGAUGAGCUGAGAGACUCCGAGAUUGUGUCUCGCUACCGGCUUGACAGAACUUCAAUUGCUGAACUAGUCAGCAUACUUGACGAAUCCUUGACUAAAUGUACAAAAAGAUCAUUUUCGAUAAGUGCAGAAACGCAGGUUCUUGUUGGAUUGAGAUACCUUGCCAAAGGGGCAUUUUAUUCUGAAGUAGCUGACCUCCAUGGAAUAAGCAGAAGCAGUGUUUGCCUGGCUAUAGAUGCUUUCGUUAAUGCUGUGAAUGCAAAAUUGGACAAUAUAAGAUUCCCUGUAGAGAAUUUGUACAGUAUAAAAUAUGACUUUUAUCAGAGAUGUGGCCUACCAAAGGUGGUAGGAGCAAUAGAUGGCACACUAUUCCCUAUACAGGUAAAGUUUGCCCCUUAA